AAAAGUUGGAGUCUUCGCUUGAGAGUUGCCAGCGGAGUCGCGCGCCGACAGCUACGCGGCGCAGAAAGUCAUGGCUUCUCCGACUAAAGGCGGUGACUUGUUUUCGUCGGAUGAGGAGGGCCCCGCGGUACUGGCCGGCCCGGGUCCCGGGCCUGGAGGAGCCGAGGGCAGCGCAGAGGAACGCAGGGUCAAGGUCUCCAGCCUGCCCUUCAGCGUGGAGGCGCUCAUGUCCGACAAGAAGCCGCCCAAGGAAUCGCCCGCGGUGCCACCCGACUGCGCCUCGGCUGGCGCUGUCCUGCGGCCGCUGCUGCUGCCGGGACACGGCGUCCGGGACGCUCACAGUCCCGGGCCUCUCGUCAAGCCCUUCGAGACCGCCUCGGUCAAGUCGGAAAAUUCCGAAGACGGAGCACCGUGGAUACAGGAGCCCGGCAGAUACUCCCCGCCGCCCAGACAUAUGAGCCCCACCACCUGCACCCUGAGGAAACACAAGACCAACCGGAAGCCACGCACACCCUUCACCACAUCCCAGCUUCUAGCCUUGGAGCGCAAGUUCCGCCAGAAACAGUACCUGUCCAUAGCAGAGCGGGCCGAGUUCUCCAGCUCUCUGAACCUUACAGAGACCCAGGUCAAAAUCUGGUUCCAGAACCGAAGGGCUAAGGCGAAAAGACUGCAAGAGGCGGAACUGGAAAAGCUGAAAAUGGCUGCCAAGCCUAUGCUGCCCUCAGGCUUCAGUCUGCCCUUCCCUAUCAACUCACCCCUGCAAGCAGCAUCCAUAUACGGCGCAUCCUACCCCUUCCAUAGACCUGUGCUCCCCAUCCCGCCUGUUGGACUCUAUGCCACGCCGGUUGGAUAUGGCAUGUACCAUCUAUCCUAAGGAAGACCAGAUGGACCAGACUCCAGGAUGGAUGUUUGCAUAAAAGCAUCCCCCUCCCUCUCCGAGAAGGUGGUGCCAACUCUGCUCCUGAAUGCGAGCCUUGCAUUGUCACCCUAAGCGACAGGGCCACUUGAUACAGAGUGAAUUUGUUAUUUAGGUGAGAGGCACUAAGACCUGUUUUGUUUUCAUAAUUUUCCAAAUGCCCCCUUUCCUCUCACAAAUAUUGGCUCUGCUAGUUUUUAUGUAUAAAUAUAUAAUAAAAUAUAAGACUUUUUAUAUGCCAGAUGUAAAAAUUCAAGUUAUUUUAAAAGGCAAAAUUUAUAUAUACAUUUAUCCAUUUUCUUUUUUUUUCUAGAUAGCAUCUUCCUAAGAUAUUGUGUUAAGUCCAUUUGCUACAUUUUCUUAAAGGGAAAGAGAUUAAUUGCAGAAUUUGCAAGGAUGGUGGACUUGCUUAUGGAAAACAUAGCAGAAGUAGACACAUUCCAUACAGGAUGUCACUUCAGACAGAUUCUUGCAAGUGAAGGGGGAGGUGUAACGUGUUUAUUUGCAUUUCUGUGCACAAGAAAAAGAAAUCUCUUGAUGCACAUUUGAUCCUAUUUUUUUUCUCUUUUUCUCCAUUCCAUAUUAUUAAAUCUUUGUUGUUGUUUUAAGAUCGAUGAAAAGAGGAUGAGAAUAACUCUGAGAGUUACUCAGGGUAAAGUAGAAAAUAGGAAACUCCAUGUCAGGUCCCUGGAGUGAGAGGGGGUUAGAAGGUGAAAUAUUGUUUGUAAGAAUUGAUUUCUAUGAAAUGCUAUCUACAUCAGUCCUCACACGGUACAGAGGUGAUUGGAAGAGGACAUGGUAAAUCUCUUCUUAAAAAUGAGUGUCUUAUAACUGUGGCCUAUAUUUUAAAUAUUCUUCAACAGUCCAUAGAAUGAGGAAGGAAAACAUGCCUUCUCUCUCUCUCUCUCUCUCUCUCUCUCUCUCUCUCUCUCUCUCUCUAGCUCUCUCUGUGUGUGUGUGUGUGUGUGUGUGUGUGUGUGUGUGUGUGUGUGUGUGUACUUUGUGUGCUAAACUUCUUAGGGAAAUUUAUAUACUCUAACGUGUUGGGCAGAUGGAGAAGCCAUGUGCUUGAGUUGCUGGAGAUGGCGUUGUCAGUCAGCACCUGGGUGUCUCACCUUCCUGUCCAUCUCUUCCCCCAGUAUAUUUUUAUCCCGUUGAAUGGGUAUCUUGUAUAAUUUUAUAUAUUUUAUUGAAGAGUUAUUUCUUAUCUCUUACUCUGAAUUAAAUUAAAAUAUUUUAUUGCAGU